AUGAUACCUAACGGAUAUAAUAAACGGCAGGAAACUUUGUUUCGUCACUCAAUUGAGGUCAAUGUACGGUUCGUCGUAAACACUUCAGCCGUUGCCAAAUCUAAAGUCUACGUUCAGUUCAUUUUGGAACAAAAUACAACAAUAGAUAUUAUUUGUCCGGUGAAUCUGUCAGGAGACGAGGUAACACCUAGGGCAAACAGAGCUCAAAGGCUUACCUACUCACCAGAAGUGAAAGAUGUGCAUUUGGAAAAGAUCUCAAAUGGACUCUAUCCGGAAAAUUUCUCCGCUCUGCACGUUGCUCUGGGAAUCCAAUCAAGUAUUGCACAAUGCAUCCUAAAGAAGAACGGAAAUGACUAUACACAAACAUACAUGAAACUUCUGCAGAUGUGGAAUACAGAAUCCCGUAGGACCUUCGAAGAUCUGGACCAGGUUCUCGUUGAGUCAAAGGCUGGUGGUCUUAGAUCCACCUAUAAACAAGAGCAAAAGUAAAAAAUAUAUUCACAUGGACUUGCCUCGCUGAAUAUGAACAGAAAGAGAAAAUGUACAUGGC